AAAAAUGAGACUUUAUGGACUUCUCACGACAAUUCCACUGAUCAAUGGUUGUUACUUGUAAGAGAAACUUUAUGGGUUUAUAUAUUACCCUGCACCCAGAUCGAAACCCAUCUGAUUAUUUCCGCAAACCCAUAAUCAGACACUCGCGUGAGAAGAAUCAAAGACAAAGGAAUGUUGCGAAAAUACUUUCUGGGUACUCAUCUUUAGGGUUUUCCGGGUUAGAUCAGGUACCGUUCCCACCACUUGGAGAUGGAAGAUAAAGACUGAAACUUUAGAGACGGAGAGGACUCUCUCAGUUCAAUUGGAUCAGUGGUGGGCACUGAAGCAUAUGGAGCUGAAGAAAGAGAAGCAAGUGAGGUUUCAUUCUGAUGGAAAAGAACAAAAGAACUUUCUUUGGGGAAGAAUUAACCCCUCAAACCUGGACAUCUCAUCCUCUGGAUACAAGGUUUCAUCCUCAACAUUGAAAACUGAAGAUGGGUUUUUGGGUAGAAAUAAAUUCAGUGAAACGUUUAGAUUUGGAAAGUCUAAGGUGUUUCCGGAGGAGUCUCAGCCGUGGCGCAAGCGAAUUCUUGAUCCGGGUAGUGAGAUAGUGCUUCAAUGGAACCGGAUUUUCAUAUUCUCCUGUUUGGUUGCACUUUUUGUCGAUCCACUUUAUUUUUACCUGCCUAGUAUAACAGGGAAAGGGAUUUCCAAGUGUGUGAAGAGUGAUUUGAAUCUGAGAAUUGUUGUGACCUGUUUCCGUACUGUAGCAGAUUUCUUCUAUCUGUUGCAUGUGGUUAUUAAGUUUAGGACAGCGUUUGUUGCACCAAGCUCCCGGGUGUUUGGUAGGGGUGAACUUGUCAUGGAUCCCAAGAAGAUUGCCCAGAGAUACAUAAGAUCUGACUUUUUCAUUGAUCUGAUCGCGACUCUUCCUCUUCCUCAGAUUGUCAUCUGGUUCAUCAUACCGGCUACAAGACGUCCACAAGCUGAUCAUAAUAACAACGCCUUGGCACUGAUUGUUUUGAUCCAAUAUGUUCCCAGGCUAUAUCUGAUUUUCCCAUUAAGUUCUCAAAUAAUUAAAGCAACUGGAUUGGUCACCAAAACUGCCUGGGCAGGCGCUGCAUAUAAUCUGCUAUUGUAUAUGCUGGCUAGCCAUGUUUUGGGGGCAGCGUGGUACUUGUUAUCACUUGACCGGUAUACAUCGUGCUGGAAAUCUAUUUGCAGAAAUGAAACUGGAUCAUGCGUACUUAACUUUUUGGAUUGUGAUACUGAUGAUGAUCAUCGCGGAACGUGGCCAAUUACUACUGCAGUGUUUAAUAGUUGUGACCCUGCAAAUAAUAUCACAUUCAAUUAUGGUAUAUUUGAAAAUGCAGUGACAAAAAAUGUUGUCUCCUCGAGUUUUCUUGAGAAAUACUUUUACUGUCUAUGGUGGGGCCUACAGAACUUAAGUUCAUACGGACAGAAUUUGUCAACAAGCACAUUCAUCGGGGAGACAAUGUUUGCCAUCUUGAUUGCCAUCUUGGGUCUUGUUUUAUUUGCGCACCUUAUUGGGAACAUGCAGACAUAUCUGCAAUCUAUAACUAUGAGGCUUGAGGAAUGGAGACUUAAGCGAAGAGACACUGAGGAGUGGAUGAGGCAUCGCCAACUCCCUGAAGAUUUGAGGCAACGUGUUCGGCGCUUUGUUCAGUAUAAGUGGCUUGCAACUCGAGGAGUAGACGAAGAAACUAUUCUACGCGGCUUACCUGCUGAUCUUCGUCGUGAUAUCCAAUGCCACCUCUGCUUGGACCUUGUUCGACGUGUCCCAUUCUUCUCACAAAUGGAUGAUCAACUACUCGACGCAAUAUGUGAGCGUCUAGUCUCCUCCUUAAGCACCGAAGGCACCUACAUCGUACGAGAGGGCGACCCCGUGACCGAAAUGCUAUUCAUUAUCAGGGGAAAACUUGAGAGUUCUACAACAAACGGAGGCAGAACUGGAUUCUUCAAUUCUAUCGUGCUAAGACCGGGAGAUUUUUGUGGGGAGGAACUACUCGCUUGGGCUUUGCUUCCUAAAUCCACCACAAACUUACCUUCUUCAACUAGGACUGUUCGCGCGCUUGUUGAAGUGGAAGCAUUUGCUUUGAGAGCUGAGGAUUUGAAAUUCGUAGCGAAUCAAUUUAGACGCCUCCAUAGUAAAAAGCUGCAACAUACUUUCCGAUUCUAUUCCCACCACUGGAGGACGUGGGCUGCCUGCUUUAUACAGGCGGCUUGGCGGCGGUACAAGAGGAGGAGGUUGACUAAAAGUCUGACAGCUGUCGAGUCAUUCGCAGAAAGUGAAACCAGACAAGAAGAGGAACAGGAUGGUAGCCCGGUAAGUUCUAGCCCUUCUCAGGCAAAAAUGAACCUGGGGGUAACUAUAUUGGCUUCAAGAUUCGCUGCAAACACUAGGAGAGGUGCUCAGAAGACUAAAGAUCUGGGCAUGCCCACAUUGCGGAAACCAGAAGAGCCCGACUUCUCUGCUGAGGCAGAUGAUUAGUUGCCUGUAUCUAUUUGAAUACGCUAAGAGGUUCCAAACAGGGCCUUAAAUGCUCGUCUUAACAGCAAGAAUAUUCAUCUUCGUCCGUUGUACCGUCCUGUAGUAUAUUAGAUACUGUCAAUGGGAGAAAGCUUAUAUUAAGAGAAGGGUGAGGGGGAAAACUAAGUGAUGGAGAUUGUGGAAGAGGAAACAACCGAGAUGGAUGGUUCAUUUCGGAGUGUAAUCGCAACUAGGGUUUGUGUAUUGAGUUUAUUUUACUAUCCCAGUUCAUCAACUUCCUCACUUACUGUAGUUGAGGUCUUCUCCAUGGUGUAUUACUCUGUAUUUCCUAUUGAAUGGUGGUGUUGUACUCUCUUCUUUUGUUGGGAUAAUUCCUAGUUUGGUUAUACUUCGUAUAUUUGAGAAUAUAUGUAUAAGCUUAAAUCA